CCAACGUAAAAACGUAUCUGAAUGUUGAAAAUUGUAUAAAAUAGUAAUCGUUAAUGUUAAAAUAAAAUAAAUACUAUAGUUUUUUCUUUCUUUAUUUUUCUUUCUGAUAAUUUUAGUAAAUAAAAUGAAGGUUUUACUCAUAAUUUUAUCUUUCUCAAUAGCAACUCUUGUGGAAAGCGAAAAAGUAUUCAAAAGUGUUCCGGUUGUCGUGAAGACUUACGAAAAUGACACAGUACUGCUUCCGUGCUACAUCGAUGAAUCAGAAGCAAAGCUCCGCGUUCGUUGGUACAAGGGUGACACCCUGCUAGGUGACAGCAUGGACGCUCAUCACCUCAUGCCUCUUCGGACGAGGAUGCACGCUAACUUCAGCCUCCAGAUUGAUGGACUGACAGCUCAGGAUACUUCGGAGUAUACUUGCGAAGUAGUUCGACCGGAGCCAUGGGGUCCCAUCAGACAGACACAUUCUAUAGAAGUACAGUACUCACCGACGGUUAAGACAAUACCUGAAGAUGGUUUCGUUGAAGUUCGGAAAGGUGAAUACGUGGAUAUAGGUUGUGAAGCGAAUGGUACGCCAAAACCUAUCAUUGAUUGGAGGAAAAACGGUGACCCGAUGGCACUGCUAGAGCACAGAUCGCGGAUUCGGUUCCGGGCACAGCACAGAUUACUAGCUGGCGUUUAUGAAUGUGUCGCUUUUAAUGGAGUUGGUGAUCCUGUGACAGCAGCAAUCAGAGUUAUAAUACACGAUGCGCCAGUGGUCAGUACAGAUCGCAGUUUUGUGCACACGGCUAUAGGACUGCGCGCUGUUCUGUCUGCUAAGUUGGAGUUCGCUGUACCUCCAGCCAGAACCACCUGGCUGAGAGAUGGGAAGCCUAUCAAGCUUGAUAACAGGGUGGUGAUGAUAGUGACAGAGAAUAUACAUCAGCUCAUAUUCCGUUCUGUCAGAAAGUCCGAUCUGGGCAACUACACGUUCCGAGCGGAGAACAAACUGGGAAUGGCUGAUGUUUUGUUCAAAUUGACUGGAGUGCCAAACAUAGCGUCAUUUAAAGUUGAUACGGCUCUCAAUAAAGCGACGACUACUAGUUAUACUUUGAUAUGGGAAGUUGAUUCAUAUUUUACAAUCAUUGAAUACAAUCUGUGGUUGCGGCCAUAUUAUGGGAAGCUGUCAGCGUCAGAACCAGACUCUUUCACUACGGAACCGCCAUCCAACCUGUGGAGGAAAAUUACUGUACCCGGAGAUUCUAGCGAUGGUCCAAUACACAGCGCCACGUAUACAGUACGAGGAUUAUCUCCAUCUACAGUCUAUGAAGCGAUCGUAACUUCUAGGAACAGAUUUGGUUGGAGCAAGCCAUCAGCAACACUCCACUUUGCUACUGAGCCAGGGGUUGGAAAAACAUUGCCUUCAUUUGACUACACGGAUAUAACACCAACCCUGGAAGAGCCGCAAGAAAUAUACAACUUAACAAAGGCGCAGAUCUUUGAACGACUGGAUAUGCCAAAUCGUAAAGCACGGGAUUUUCUCAACCUUACUACAAUCUUAUUCGUAAUUGGAGCAUAUUUAUUUUUCAGCUAGUUUUAAAAGAUUAUUGUCUUUUUUGAACCAUAAUUAUUGUUAAAUUAAUAAUUUAUUAAUAAUGUAUUAUGAGUACCUAUUUUUUCUGUCAAAAUAGGCUUAGGCUUAUGUUUCACUACCGUCAAUGUGACGUUUCCUAAGUUCUGUCACUGUCACAUAUUUUUAUUGCAUGAUAAUUUUAUGCUUAGAUAAUUUAUACGUCUUGAUAGGUGGCUGUGAACACAGUGAAGGAAAUUGUGGGAAAUGUUAACCUCUACUUUCCACUAAAGCAAAGUGACUGACGUACCGCGAGUGUAAGACGUUUAAAUUAUGUAAGGUUUUGUGAAGAUCACAGUAAUUAGACUAUUUUUUUUUUUUGUAAAUAAAGUAAUAAUACGAUAUUACAUAUAUUAUAAUUGUACUAAGUUCCUAAAAUAAAGACAAUUUUUUUAGGAA